UUCUCCGCCCAUUCCUCCACAUUUGAUUCUUGGGGAAGGCAUUGUCAUGCAAAUAAAGGACGCGUAAAAAUAUUCCUCCGGAGCGCGGCGCAGAGCAGAGACUCACACGGACCGCAAGGAGGAGGAACGCGCGCAUCCCGGGGCCACAAAGUGGUUUUGUCUGUCGCCGCGACACGGACCCGUCUAUCUGUCGCAGACAUCUGCGUGGCCACAUGAGCAGCGACAUUUAGCCAGGAAGCUGGUUGGACCGUUGAGGGAAAGCCGACGGGAAUCCAACAACGAGGAGGCUGGCCCUUUGGUGGUUGUGGUCAUACUUCCAGUCUCCCCCAGUGAAAUCGGAGGUGUCUCUUCUUCAUCUCCUUGUGCAGGCUACCUGUUGCUGCUGCUGCUGCUGCUACUACUAGAGAAGGAAAGCUACAUCCAGAGACCCCUGGAGCGAUUAUUGACACUAUUAUGUUUUAGGGGGAUUCAGGAUCUCUCGAAUACUGACGUCUUUGCACACCAGGUGUGCCAUUUACCCUCUUGUCCUCUUUUUUUGGGAUAUAUCCAGUGAUCUUUCGCCGUUAAAGUGCCUUAAAACUGGGUAUAAUCCAGUAUAACUGUGGCACUGCUACCAGACCAGAGACGCUCGACACAGCUUUAGAGCCGAGGCAGGAUUACUUCUCGUCCCCCCCACCACCUCACCCUCCAGCGAGCUGCAACAAUGAGCCAGGCAGAUGUGUCGACUUGCUCCGCGCCGCAGAGGGUCUUUCAGGAGGCAGUGAAGAAGGGCAACACCAAGGAGCUGCACUCGCUGCUGCAGAACAUGACAAACUGCGAGUUCAACGUGAACUCCUUCGGGCCGGAGGGACAGACUGCGCUCCACCAGUCCGUCAUCGACGGCAACCUGGAGCUUGUGAAGCUGCUGGUGAAGUUCGGCGCAGACAUCCGACUGGCUAACCGGGAAGGGUGGAGCGCUUUACACAUUGCCGCUUUCGGGGGCCACCAGGACAUUGUGCUAUACCUCAUCACCAAGGCCAAGUAUUCCUCUGGGGCCCGGUGAUCUGUCUCUGCUGUCAGGUAAAAGUAGAACAUUUAAAUAACAAGAUAAGAAGAAAAGAAAAAAAAUGCAUCAGCAACAAAUUCAAUCUUAAACUGCAACGCACGGAGGCAAAAGGCUCUUUU